CUGGUCAUGCCUCCUGGUCCUCCUCUGGACCAGGCAGUGUGGAAGGAAGCAUUUGCUGGGAAACAAUGACUAAGACCGAGAAGGGAAAGACCUUUCUCUCCCAGCAUUUCCGUCAGUCACUCCCCCCACGGCUGGGAUGGGGCAUGAUUUUCUCCUACUUAAAACCAAGAAACAAGGAGGAGUGCGCCUCCGUUUCCAGUGUGCCUCCAGUCUUCCACUCCAACCCGCAGCACUGUGCAAACCUCAAGAACCAAUAUUUGAAACAGGCAGCUGCAAACCUCACCUUUUCUCGGGAGGUGGUGCAGCAGCGAGGGCUGGCCAGCAUUCCUUACAGCCAAAACAGCUUUGACCAUCUCUACGAUGCAGACGGCAUCAUCCAGCCUCCCCAAGUCAGGAAGCCCCGAGCUGAGAAGCCCGUCAGCUUCAAGUUCCUGGAUUUUUCAGGUCCCUCAACAAGGGUCACCUCCCAGGCUAUGAAGACGGAAAGCUCUGCCAAUCUUAAGAAGCUGAAGAAAUCAAAGCCAGCAAGCGCAGUCCAGGAAGCAUCUGGUCCUCUCAGUCUUCAUCCAAGCAGGGAGCUAGACGUGCUGGAUCUGUCACUUUCUCCAGAUGUCUACCUGGAGGAGAGGGAAACCUGGCUUCCCCCUUCUGAGAAGGAGGCCAGAGCAUGGCAGGCUGUCGUGCUGGAAAAGCUUAACAAGCGCACUGCCCGAUGGAUCCAGAACAAGAGUCCUCUGAGGCCUGGGGUGUCCCCCAGUAAGUGGCAGAGCUUCUUGCACCAGCAAUACGACUGGAGCCACAUCCGGGAUGAGCUCACUUCCUCCAGCGACCUGGAGCUCUUGAAACAGCUGGAGGAAGAAGAGACAGCAGAAUUUGAGGAUCGAAGUGUCGUUCUGCCCACCCAGGAGGAAAAGAAGCCAGAGCUGCUGCUUCCUGUCUAUUAUAGAUUGCCCAAUUACUUGCCGCAAGUGCAGACAGUUGAAAUCACACCUGGCAUCAGUAAGACUGCUGAGGACAUCGAUGGAAAGGGGAGCAUCUACCAGCCCCCAAGGCAGAGCCACUUCCGACAGGUGAAUCCCCGAGCUGGAAAGUUUGCUUACUCCACAGACAACACCUUUGAACAGGAGAUUUACUUUGAUAAAGUCCAGAUCAUCCACCAGAUUGGUGCAAAGAGAGACCAAAUUUUCCUGGAAAACCUCAAUCGAUACAGCAAGCAGCUAUCUAAGGUCUUCCCUGAAACCCCAGAAAGGUGGACUUCCCAGCCAGUUCCUGAAUCAUCUUGCAGGCCUGUGAAAGGAGCCAGGCGCUGGACAGCUCUGCCCAUACCGGCCAAGGAUCUGCUGCUGCAGGUGGGUGAGGAGGACAUGCCCAUGAAGACUAGGAGACUGAAGAAGCAGGCAGAGUCACUGAAGGAGAAUGUGACUUGGGAACUGGUGGUCCUGCGGAGGAUGCUGCAGGAAUGGAAGAUGGCCUGGGCUCUAAUCAUCGAGUGGCACCAUAAGACAAUAGAGGGCCUGCUGCAGAGCUUGGUGGACAUCCAUGAUGACGUCCGCAUCCAAGCCAUCAUCACUUGUGCCACAGCUGCUUUAGAACGGCCCCGUAUUGCCAUCAGCCAGGGGGACUCAGACAAGGAAACCGUCAAAGCUCCACCUAUCCAGGACUUGCCAGAGGUUCUACAGGCCCCCCUAAAGGCUGCUCUUUGUGACAAGAACGCCAGUGUGCGGAUGGCAGCAGCAGUAUGCCAAUAUGCCAUGCAGUCAGAUAAUCUUCUUGCCCGGGAAAUCAUGCAGACUGCCCUUUUGAAAGGUAAUAGCGUGGACAGCUGGGCUGCAGCUCAGUGCCUGGCUCUGGAAGGUGCUGCCACUUACCCCGUGAUUACGAGGAUCCUCCAUCAGCUGUUUAACAAGAAGAAUGAGGACACUGAGCAACAGUCUUGUAUGCUCUUGAGCCGUCUAAGUGCGAAGACAACCCUGAUACAUACCAUGCUUGCCGUGGAGCUGAAUAGCCAUCAAUGGAAAGACCGGAUUGUAGCCUGCCGAGCUCUCUCCCAGAUUGGUGGAAAUGUCAAUGUGGAUGUGAAACAUAAGUUGAUCCAGCUGAUGUUGGGUGACUGGAAUAAGAAAGUGAGACAAGCAGCUGCCCAAGCUCUGGGGCAAAUGAACCUUGGGAAAGAGGUGCAUGACACAAUCAGAGUCAAGCUGGGUCAAGGAAACUCCCAGGAGCGUGUGGAAGCCCUCUCCCUGAUUCGUGGGCUCAAGCUCAUGACCGCCAAGCUUCUCCCAAGCUUUCUGAACUGCUUCUCUGAUGACUUCACGGCAGUUCGGCAGGCAGCUUGUUUGGCUGCUGGUGCCCUGCAGAUCCACGAUAAUAUGGUCCUUGAAUGCCUUCUGAAUCUCACACAGAGAGAUCCCUGCUGGAAAAUCAAGGCCUUUGCCAUUCGAGCUUUGGGACAAAUUGGCCACGUGAAUCCCCAACUGAUAGACUCCCUGCUCUGGGCUAUACACUAUGAAGAAUCACCAGGUGUACGACUAGAGGCUUGCCGUAGCAUCCUAGCCCUCAAACUUCAAGGAGACCGAGUCAGGGACACCUUCCUAGACAUGCUGCUCCUAGAGAACCAUGAUGCUGUUCUAAAAGAAAUUCACCAUGCAAUGAAGAUACUCAACUUAGAAAAUGAAGGAAACCAAGAAAUGCUUCAGAAGAUCAAGAACAGGAUUCAAACACUAAGCCAAAAGGAACUGUUGAUACAGAAAAUAUUCAAGAUUGAGACAGUCAUAGGAAAAGUGAAGGAGGAAGCAAAACGUGUUUACAUGCAACCCAAACAAGGGCAAAAACCACUGAAAUUCCAUACUUUUCUCCAAGAAACUUUUCAGGAUGAGGUGGUGUUUCCUAGAAGACCGUCUGAGUUGUGUGACAUUGAAGCAGUCAUAAAGCCUGUGAGGCCCCGCACACCAAAUCCCUGGUCACAGAGUCCAGUCCCGGGCCUAAGCACAAGAAGCAGAGGUCAUUCAUCACUUGUCAAAGAUCUACGCACUGCCCGGGAAAAAAGAAUUGCGAUGGGACCAUUUGGAUCUGACAACCAAGAUCUGUAGCUAAGUAAAAACUCAAGUUUUUUCCAGGGUCGUGUCCUCUUCCCCUAGAAGGAAAGGUAAUUAUUUCUGGGAUGAGCCCUUCUCUUGCUCCAAGACACAGGCAGCAGUGGACCUAGUCACAUUCUUCUCUUUAACUGAUGUUGUGUAUCUCUUUGUCAUUAUGUUUAUAAAGAAAAAUCUGUUUAACAGUAAACCUGGCUCUUUAAUGUGCACCAUUUACACAGAGGGUUAAAGAAAAUUGACAACACAUUAGGUGACAGUCCAUAUUUUUCCAUAACCCAGAAAAGUCCUAUAUUAAAUAUAGGUCAGAACUCCAAAUUUUACUAGAAUAGAAAUAUUCAAAGACCCAGAAUCUUUUGUAAGCUGUACAAAGAGCCCUUUGAAACCCAAACUAGAAUCCCAUUAAUCUAGGAAAGAAAAUCUUAAGUGAUGUUUUCUAUCUACAAGUCUAGUCUUGUUUUAGAGCAAGUUCUUUAACUGCAGCCCGGAAGGCAAUAAGGAAGCCAUGUCACUGGACUGUUACAAGAAAACAGAGCUAGUACAAUAUUUUCCACCUUGUACUGUGUGGGUGGGUGUGAACACUUUUAGAUCCCUAGGAAGCAUUGCUGCAGUUUCACAAGGCUGAUUAGCAAUUCUCAUGAGCCUCCUUAAUGUACUUAAUGCUUAAAAGAUUAAGGCAUCAUGGGAGAGUUACAAACGGUAUCUGUAUCCUAAGCUGGGAUCCCGUAAGAGCACACAAUAUCCAAAAAAUUGCCAUGGAAGAGGAAAGAUUCAGAACUCAUAGUAGCAGAACUCAUCCAGCUUUCUUUCCUAAAUAUUGAUUGCUGUUUACACCCUAAAUAGCUUUGGGACAUUCAGUGAUUAAAAUAAAGCCAAUAUUAAUUUCUCUCUCCAUUUUUCUCCCCCUAAUCAGAUCCUCUCUUCUGGUUGCACUGUUACGAUCAGAAAUAUAAAAAGCAAUAAUUUCCACUAUGAACACCUAGCAGCUAUUGAACAUGGGGGAAAAAAGAACUUUGGGGGGAUAUCAGUUAAGUAUGUAAAAGAAAAUCUUCCCUUUUCCUGACUCAUGUAACCCAUGUUUUUAUUUAUUAAUUUACACACUUCAAGUUAAAUACUAAUCCAAAAAGCACCAUCACAUACAUCAAAAUUAUUUCCACAUCUAUCAAGUCUGAAGAUUCUGAGAUCUGGCUGCCAUGAGACAUUUGAGACAAUAAAUAAUUCUGUAUUUGGGGCUUAAACAACUUCCAGGGAAGAAGGCCAGUGCAGCUGCUGUUGCAACCCAAGAUUUUGAUCCACAUCCAUAGAUUGGAAUAUUGGUGGGCCAGCCAUCCUCAGACACCUCACUGAGGACAG